ACCAAGUCUCAACGGACAGGAUUGUGAGAUCUCAGCUCGUAUGUAACUGGUUGUAUUCGAGUCCGGGUAAUCCACUUGCAGUCCACAAUGUUUCGUAGAUAUCUUCAGCUGUGUUGUGUUUUUAUCGCCUUGGCCUGCGUGGACACCCAGGACGCAUCCACAGUUCGUUUGGUUUUUAAUUCUCUCAGCCUAGUAAUUAGGCAUGCAGGGACAAAGCAGAGAACAAGGAGAACCUAAAGAACAGUCUAGCAGACGGUUACAACCCUGGCUUACAGGGAUCAUUGCAGUAGUUGUAUUUCUCUGUGUAUGUUUCAUUGGAUUUAUCGUGAAUAAAAUCUGGUGCACAAAUUCGGAGGAGAGUAAUCAACCGGAAUCACCAGCAGCAGAAGCUGACGACAUAAAUAUUAAUGGAAAACAGAUCUCUGAAACCCUGACUUUAAAAGGCGCUGUGAGAUCCAGUGAACAUUCCAGUGCCUAUGAAAAUAUGUGUGAGGUGUGCACUGAUGAAUCACCGAAGAUAAUUAUAACUGCAAUGUAGCACUGUCCAGAAAAUGCUUUUCAGAAGAUCUAUUUACAUCGGAUUUAUCGGAUAUACAAAACAUUUUAUUUUUGAAUAUAAACGUAGAAAGGGGACACAAUGUGAAGAAAUUCUAAUGAGGUGGAUCUUUUAGUAUAACUUGAACACAUUUUUCAAUGAAUCUGUGUGUUACACAUAAUGAAUGGUUACAUUUGAUUUUUUGAAUAUACUAUUAUAUAAAGAUUCAGAACAUUAUCUUUCCCUGAUGAGAGGCAUGCAAGUGACCUAUUGAUAAGUGGCCUUCUAUCCACCAUUUGCAACUUGGUUACUCAGAAACAUGAGAGAGCAGUCUGAGAUUAUUUGGUUUUUAUUUUUGUAAACAAUCUCCUUCAACACAGUCGAGUCAAGAACUGAACUCUGGGGAAGCCAUUGGUUUUAGCUUCAAGAUUAGAAUGGUGCUGGAAAAACACAGCAGGUCAGGCAGCAUCCGAUGAGCACGAAAAUCGAUGUUUUGG